GCAGAAGGAGAACCAAAAAUCUGGAUCAGGUUGUAGGUCGAGAUGUGCGAGGAUGAAAAGCUUGCUGGCAUCCUGAAUGAUAUAGUUGAUGAGGAAUUUGGUCACUUCAAAUGGCAUCUAAAGAAAGAGACCUGGAAUGGAAUGGUGCCCAUCAAAACCUCCAAGUUGGAGUGGGCGGAGAGGCGCGACGUCGUGGACCUAAUGGUGCAGAAAUACCAGUUUGCUGGAGCUGUAAUGGUUAUGGGAAUUAUUAUGGAAAAGAUCAACAGAAAUGACCUGGUGAAGAAGCUCAGUGAUCUGAGUCCUGAAGCUGCAGUUGAAGAUUUUGCUGGUCAGUGUCAACAUGACCAUAAAGAAUAUCUGAAGAAGACAUUCCAGUGUCUCCGUGAAGGCAUUGCAGAAGCUGGAAAGAAAACCUUUCUAAAUGAUAUCUACACAGAGCUCUACAUCUUGGAUGGAGGAACUGGACAGAUUAAUAACGAACAUGAGGUCAGACAGAUUGAAACAGCAACCAGCAAACCAGGAAAAACAAUACAACUAGACAACAUCUUUAAACCCAAACCUGAAAAAAACGAACCAAUCAGAACAGUGAUGACAAAGGGAGUGGCUGGCAUUGGGAAAACAGUCUUAACACAGAAGUUCAGUCUGGACUGGGCUGCAGACCAAACCAACCAGAACAUCCAGUUCAUAUUUCCAUUCACUUUCAGAGAGCUGAACACAUUGAAAGAGAAAAGGCUCAGCUUGGUGGAACUAAUUCAUAAAUUCUUUAUUAAAACCAAAGAAGUCUGUAGCUUUGAACAGUUCCAGGUUCUGUUAAUCUUUGAUGGCUUGGAUGAAAGUCGAAUUCCACUGGACUUCCACAACAAGGAGAUCCUGACUGAUGCUACAGAGUCCACCUCAGUUGAUGUUUUGCUGACAAACCUCAUUAGGGGAAAACUGCUUCCCUCUGCUCUCCUCUGGAUAACCACACGACCUGCAGCAGCCAAACAGAUCCCUCCUGAGUUUAUUGACAUGGUCAUAGAGGUCAGGGGGUUCACCGACUCACAGAAGGAGGAGUACUUCAGGAAGAAAUUCAGAGAUGAUGAGGAGAAGGCCAACAAGAUCAUAUCCCACAUCACAGCAUCCCGAAGCCUUCACAUCAUGUGCCACAUUCCAGUAUUCUGCUGGAUCACUGCUGAUGUUCUGGAGGAUGAGUUGAAGAACAAAGAGGGAGGAGAGCUGCCCAUGACCCUUACUGAGAUGUACAUCAAGUUCUUGGUAGUUCAGAUCAAAAUCAAGAAGAAAAAGUAUGACGGAGGAGCUGAGCAAGAUCCAGACGUCAGUAAGAUGGUUCAGUCUCUGGGAAAACUGGCUUUGGAGCAGCUGCUAAAUGGAAACCUCAUCUUCUAUAAAUCAGACCUCCAAGAUUGUGGCAUAGAGAUCAAAGACGCUUCUUUCUCAGGAGUGUUCACUGAGAUCUUUAAAGAGGAGACUGGGAUGGGCAAAACCUCGGUCUACUCCUUUGUUCAUCUGAGCAUCCAGGAGUUUCUGGCUUCAGUCUACAUGCUCCACUGCUUCACCACAAGGAACACAGAGGUAAUGAAGAUGUUCCUGGAAGAAGAUGACCACUCAUCUUUGUUUUACUUCUUGACUUUUUUCAUGACGUUGUCCAAGAAAACAGACCAUGGCUACUCACUGGAUGAGUUCCUGAAGAAAGUCAUGGAGAAAUCUCUCAGUAGUGAAAAUGGCCACCUGGACUUGUUUGUCCGCUUCCUUCAUGGCCUCUCUGUGGAGCCCAACCAAAAACUCCUAGGAGGCCUGAUGGGUCAGACAGAGAACAGCCCAGAAACGAUCCAGAGAAUCACCGACAAUCUGAAGAAGAUGAACACUGAUGAUAUCUCUCCCGAUAGAAGCAUCAACAUCUUUUACUGUUUGAUGGAGAUGAAUGACCUCUCAUUUUGUAAGGAGAUUCAACAGCUCCUGGAAUCAGGGAAGAAACUCUCAGAGGUCCAAUGCUCAGCUCUUGCCUACAUGCUGCAGAUGUCCGAGGAGGUUCUGGAUGAGUUGGACCCGGAGAAGUACAACACAACAGCAGGUGGACGCCAGAGACUGGUUCCAGCUGUGACAAACUGCAGGAAGGCUGUACUUGGUGGCUGUUGGCUCUCAGAGACUGAAUGUGAAGUUGUGGCCUCAGCUCUGCAGUCCAAACCCUUCCACCUGACUGAACUGGAAAUAAGUCAGUUCUGCAAACUGAAAGACUCUGGAAUGAAGCAUCUGUGUGAAAUCCUGGAGAGUUCAGCCAGCAUAGUGAAGAGUUUGAGGUUGGAGAGCUGCAGUUUGUCAGAGACCAGCUGGUCUUCUCUGUUCUCAGCUCUGAAGUCCAACCCGACCCAUCUGACAGAACUGGACCUGAGUGGCAACAAAGACCUGAGAGAUUCUGGAGUGAAGAAGCUCUGUGGUUUCCUACGUACUCGUGUCUGCAAAAUACAAAAACUGAGACUGCAGGACUGCGGGUUGACAGAGAUCAGCUGUGCUUCUCUGGUCUCAGCUCUGAGGUCCAACCCCUCCCACCUGACAGAACUGAACCUGAGCCUCAACUACGGCCUGAAAGAUGCUGGAGUGAAGGAGCUUUGUGGUUUUCUACAGACUCCUUUCUGCAAAAUAAAGAUAUUGAGACUGAGCAGCUGCAGUUUGUCAGAGAUCAGCUGUGCUUCCCUGGCCUCGGCUCUGAAGUCCAACCCCUCCCAUCURACAGAACUGAACCUGAACUACAACAAACACCUCAAAGAUGCUGGAGUCAAAGAGCUCUGUGGUUUCCUACAGAGCCCUGACUGCAAAAUACAAAAACUCAGUUUGGUGAACUGCAAGCUGUCAGAGGUCAGCUGUGCCUCUCUGGCCUCGGCUCUGAAGUYCAACCCCUCCCAUCUGAAACGACUGGACUUGCUUUCGAACAAACUGAAGAGGUCAGAUGUUCAGCAGCUGAAGGAUCUCGUAAAGACUGUAAGGGCGUAGUGAUCUCGGAGAAAAGAGAGAAGCAUCGCUGUGUCCUGAUGACCCUCCUGAUGACCUGCUUGAAGAGGCAGUUUAAGAGAGAUUCACUGUGAUGAACUUUGAGAUGAAAGAUUUUUUUUAUCCUGUUUAUUUUCUCGUAUCUGUUUUUUAAAGUUUCCAAAACGUUCUGAUUAAGGAGACGURAGUCGGCUGAUUCCAUCUCAUCAGAGCAGAUGGUACAGAUCCAGGCUGGAAAAAGGAUAUGUUAUUCAUUCAGAUCUUAGUUUUAUAUAUAUAUAUAUAUACUUAGUUAUAAACCUUAGUUAUCAAACAAGAUAAACAUAUUGUGUUAGUUCCAUAGUUAUUGCUUGCUUUAUUGCUGAUACAUAGCAUAUGGGUGUCCUAAAUAACUUCUACAUUGAUUCACCUUAUUAUAAUGCACUUUGUUCUGAACAAUAUGCACUUGGGGAAACGUUCUGUUGGUGUGUGCUUGUUGUUGUAUUGGGGACAGAUAUCUGCUGCAGUCUCACCCAGCUGGUCGUAUUUAUCUAAACCACUGAGUCACAGCUGAUUUUCCACAUAUUCCUUUUCGUCCUACCCUUCGUUGGGCAUUUUUUCUGCCUUGACACUGUCAUCUAGUGUCUGAUAUUUAGUGAUGUGUUUUCUGUGCCGAAGCUUYGGAGCGCUUGUCGAGUAACCCAGGAGGAUUUUUAUGAAGCUCAUAUCGAGGCUUGUGUUGCAGGAGCUGGCGGUGAAACUUGAAGCGUCGUAUUCGGGGCGUACCGCACGACCGACUCAAGAACUGGCUCGCCAGUUUGUGAAUCCAAAAAAAAAAAAAAAAAACAUGGCAAAACGCUCCUGUUUCACCCGUCACAUUUUCUUAUUUUAGGAUUUUGUUGCGUGCGCAUUUGCAAUUAAUUUGCGCACCUUUUUGAUUCCUCGAAUGACUCGAGUACCUCAAUUAUGAAAAUUCCUCGAGGAAAAUGUACCUGCCUCGAAGCUUUGUUAAACUGUGUUCUAUUAUUUAGCCCUCUGUGUUCUGGCCGGGUCAUUAUUUGACCUGGCGCUCUCACGUCUCCCUAUGAGUUGUUGCUAAGUGCUAGCAGCAUAACGUCAGAUUUUCUGGGUUCUUAUCGUUUUCUGUGGGACCAGUAAGCAUUUUUAAAUUAACUGGCAUGACGGCCUUUCUCCUCCCGUAACUCCAUGUUUUGAGAGAGAGAGGUAUUUUUCCACAGGAUUCUAUUAAUAACAAUAAUCGCUGGAGUACUCAAUUACUAAAAUAUUCCAGUCCUCAGACCCUCUCCUAAGGUUCACACAUAGUAAUAAUAAAUCAUUACUUGUCAAAAUUAACAAAAACAACAAUGAGGAUCCUGUAUUCUAAUUUCCUUCUUAUUUCUGAUGAUUUCAAAUGUGAAGGAUCAAAUGAGCUGUAAUGUGUCUUUGACUACUGACAAAGCGCUUCAUCUGUGCCCUGUGAGCCUGAGCACAGCAAAGGUUUUUAUUUUUAAGUUAUAAACAAAUAAGAUCCCAAACAGGCUUGGGAGUUACAAUCCUCUCUCCUCCAUUGUUUGAUAUGAACAGAUUAAGUCUAWAAUCAGAAUUUAUGUAUUAGUAUCACAAACAUUUUGUGUUUGUUUAUUCAGUUUAAGGCGUUGUUUGUUGUUUUCACUGUGCCUGUGUUACAUGCGUCGUUCACUCGAUGUUGCAGUGGAAGCGAAUGAAACGCCGCSGUGCGUCGGCUCACGAGUCGAMGGAAAACCUCAGCGCUUCAUGAAGCUUCAUCUCGCCAUCACUGCUGAUAUUGUGUCUCUUUGGAUCGAUGAAGAUUAAAUUCAAAACCAGCUCCACUUUGUGGCUUCAUGACUUUUGAUCUGAACUUGAUUCAACUGGAAAGUUUCUGUCUGAUUUAUUUUCAGCUUGCAACUAUAAAACAUGUGAAAUAAAACUUGAUUCAACAGUU